GAUACCGAUAGUGACGCAACGUGAUCGUGAUUGUGACGCAUGCACGCAAAAGCCCUGUUCCAAAAUCUCCCGCAAUGGCGUCUACCUCGCGCUGGAGCAAGUUUGUGCUGCUGCUGUGGAAGAACUGGAUCAUACAGAAGCGCCACUAUGUGCAGACGGUGUUUGAGAUCCUGAUACCGGUGUUCUGCUGUGCGAUGUUAAUAAUUGUGCGAGGCCUCGUUGAUCCGGACCAGGUGCUUAAGCCAACGAUCUUUGAUCGUUUAAAUAUAGGAUCACUGGUUGAUCUUGAAAGUGUUUUUCCACCCGUAUCGUUCAGUGUGGCAUAUUCACCUGAGAACGAGGUACUGCAAAAGCUGCUCGAAGAUGCGCUCGAUACGGAGAUCAGAACGAUGCGCAAUGUGGCAUUAAUGUCGCUGGAAAAUGCACGUGAACUUGAGAGCCGGUUAAUGCAGAGCAACUACAUCGGUGGAAUCGAGUUCCCGGAUAGCUACGCUAAUAUAACCGAGCUGCCACAAAAGCUUCGCUUUGCCGUUCGUCUUCCGGGCGAAUUGCGCUUCACCGGAUGGACAUUCGGUAAUUGGCGCACCAACUUCAUGGUCGUACCGUUCGUGCAGGGGCUGCGGAAUGCCAACGAUUCCGAUGGUGGCAGUCCAAACUAUUUCCGUGAAGGUUUCCUCACACUGCAGGCCGCCAUUUCGCGAACGUUCAUACGGCGGCAGAGUGCCGAUUAUGCACUGCCCGGUGUAUCACUGCGGCGAUUCCCUUAUCCACCGUACUACGAAGAUUUGGUGCUGGUAGCAAUGGAGCGUUUACUGCCGAUGAUUAUACUGAUAUCGUUUUUCUACACCUGCAUCAACACGGUGAAAUUCAUCACCAUCGAGAAGGAAAAGCAGCUGAAGGAAGCGAUGAAGAUUAUGGGCCUACCGAACUGGUUACACUGGACGGCGUGGUUCGUACGAUGUCUCAUUCUGCUGUUGAUUACCAUCUCGCUGCUGGUGUUCCUUGUCAGCGCAAAUCUAACAUCAAACACCGAUUUGUCCGUCAUAGAGUACGCCGACUGGACGGUGCUGUGGUUCUUCUUCUUCACGUACAUUUUGGUGACGAUAUGCUUCUGCUUCAUGAUGAGCGUCUUCUUCGACAAAGCGAACACUGCCGCGGGAAUCGCUGGACUAAUGUGGUUCCUGUUUGCCAUACCGUUCAAUAUCGCCGUGCAGAACUACGACGAGAUGGCGAUGGGAACGAAGAUAGCUUCCAGCCUGCUCUCCAACACGGCCAUGUCGUUCGGCAUCAUGAACAUGAUCCGGCUGGAGGCGAACCAGGUCGGGUUGCAGUGGAGCAACCUAUUCGCAUCGCCCUCGAUGGGCGACGAUUUCAGCGUGGGGCUGGUGAUGGUAAUGUUUCUGGUCGAUGCACUGCUCUACCUUGCCAUCGCGCUCUACUUCGAGCAGAUAAUGCCGGGUGAGUUCGGUGUAGCGAAACCGUGGAAUUUCCUUUUCACGCGCGACUUCUGGAAGCGGAAUCGCAUCGAGGAUGGGUCCGGUGAACGGCAGAAGAUGGAAAGCUCGGUGUACUUCGAGCAGGAACCGAACAUCGAACGUGCCGGCGUACGGAUCGUGAAUUUGCGCAAGGUGUACGGGAAGAAGGUGGCGGUGGAGGGACUGAAUCUGAACAUGUUCGAUGGACAGAUAACGGUGCUGCUCGGCCAUAAUGGUGCCGGCAAAACGACGACAAUGUCCAUGCUGACGGGAAUGUUUUCACCCACUUCUGGGACGGCGCUGGUAAAUGGAUACGACAUCCGGAAGGAUAUCGAGGGUGUGCGGUUCUCGUUGGGGCUCUGCCCGCAGCACAACGUGCUGUUUAACGAGCUGACCGUGGCGGAACACUUGAAGUUUUUCUCGCAGCUAAAGGGCGUAACGCGGGACAAGACGGAGAGCGAAGUGGAGAAGUAUGUCACCCUGCUCGAGCUGACCGACAAACGGAACGCACAGUCCCACACACUGUCCGGUGGCAUGAAGCGCAAGCUGGGCGUCGGCAUUGCACUGUGCGGUGGUUCCCGGGUGGUACUGCUCGAUGAACCCACCUCCGGUAUGGAUCCGUCGGCCCGGCGUGCCCUGUGGGAUCUGAUCCAGAAGGAAAAGGUGGACCGUACGGUGAUUCUUUCCACGCACUUCAUGGACGAAGCGGAUGUGCUGGGCGAUCGGAUCGCGAUCAUGGCGGAGGGUAAGCUGCGUGCAAUCGGGUCACCGUUUUUCCUGAAGAAAAGUUUGGGUGCCGGGUAUCGGUUGAUUUGCGUGAAGGAUGCGCACUGCGACAAGCAGCGGGUGGUGAAUAUCCUGCGGAAGUACAUCCCGGAGGUGCGCAUCGAGACGGACAUCGGGACGGAGCUGUCGUUUGUGUUGCGCGAGGAUUACUUGAAGGUGUUCCAGCCGAUGCUCGAAGAGCUGGAGGACAAGAUGGGUAGCUGCGGCAUAUCGAGCUACGGGAUAUCGCUUACCACGAUGGAAGAGGUGUUCUUACGCGCCGGAAGCGAUUCACAAAACACGGACAAUGGAAUGGCAGUGACCAACGGUCCUGGAUCUAUAGAUAUGAGUGAAAGCAGCGAUAUAUACGCACUCGAUGGACUGACGCUACUGGACGGAUCGCAGCGGCUAUUCCAGCAAAUUUAUGCGCAAUUUUACAAAAAAUUCCUCACAACAGUUCGAAGCUGGAUAACACUUUCGCUGCAGAUGAUAAUACCGGUGGUGUUUGUGCUGCUGUCCUAUCUUAUUUUUGUAAACUCCUCCGCUGGGCGAGAUCUUCCCGAGUUGAAGAUAAACUUCGAUGGAUACACCGCAUCCUUAACGGUGUUGGAGACGGCCGUUGGUCUGGAAGCGGCCACUGAAGCAUUUCGCGAACGAUUCCGUCAGGAACCUCCAGUACAUCAGCUAGUUGUGAUCGAGGAAGACAUGAGUACGUACAUACUGAACAAGUCAGCGCAGGACAUCGCGGCAUUCAAUACCCGCUAUUGGGUGGGAGCCUCCCUGAGCAGUUCCAUGUGUACGGCAUGGUUUAACAACAAAGCGUACCACAGUGCACCGCUGGCGGUCAACUUGAUUUACAACGCGCUUCUACAAUCCCGUUGCCCCGACUGUGAGCUCCAAGUCAGCAACAAACCCUUGCCGUAUCGGUUGGACACACAGCUGCAGCGCUUGGAGACGGGAGCAAAUGCAGGCUUUCAGCUCGCUUUCAACACCGGUUUUGCGAUGGCAUUCGUGUCGGCCCUGUUCAUCCUGUUCUACAUCAAGGAGCGCAUCACGCGCGCCAAACUGUUGCAGUUCGUGAGUGGCGUUAAUGUGACGCUCUUCUGGACGAUCUCCUAUCUGUGGGACUAUUUGGUGUUUGUGGUGUCGGCGAUAUGCUACAUUGUCACGCUCGCCAUCAUCCAGCAGGACGGCUGGAGUACGUUCGAUCAGCUCGGCAGAGUGUUUUUGGUGCUGCUGUUUUACGCCUUCUCAAGCCUGCCGGUAACGUAUCUGUUCGCGUACCUGUUCCACGUGCCCGCCACCGGGUUCGUGAAGAUGAUGCUGCUGAAUGUGCUCUCAGGGACGAUCUUCUUCACCGCCGUCUCGCUGUUGCGCUUCGACGGUAUCGAUCUGCAGGACGUGGCGGACGUGCUCGAGUGGGUUUUCCUAUUCUUCCCGAGCUUCUCGUUGACGCAGAGCAUGAACGCGUUGAAUAUGGUCGGUGGACGGGAAGCGUUGUGCCAGCGGGCCUGCGAGCAGAUCACGAUCUGCACGGAGGAGCUCAAAUGUUUGCUAGUGCCCCAGUGUUGUGGUACGAGCGCGUUUACGUUCGAUCAGCAGACGGGCAUCAAUCGAAAUUUGCUGUUCUUCACCGGCAUCGGGUUGGUAGCGUUCGCGAUCAUACUGCUCGUCGACUAUCGUGUGAUGAAGAAGCUUUUCGCUCGCAAAGCGCACAAUGUUGAGGUAUCCAGCGAACAGGGAGACACUGACUCCGAUGUGCUGGAGGAGAAACGUCGCAUUGCUGCUUGCAGUGAUGGAGAGCUGGCGUCGUACAAUCUGGUGCUGAAAGAGCUCUCCAAGAGCUACGGCAAAUUCCAAGCGGUGAACAAAUUAUCCGUUGGCGUCCGGCACUCGGAGUGCUUCGGGCUGCUCGGCAUCAACGGGGCGGGGAAAACGUCCACCUUCAAGAUGAUGACCGGCGACGAGAACAUAACGUCCGGUGAUGCUUGGGUGAAUGGGAUCAAUUUGCGCACGGAUAUGAACCGAGUGCACAAGCACAUCGGCUACUGUCCACAGUUUGACGCGCUGCUGGAAGAGCUGACGGGCCGGGAAACGCUGCACAUCUUCGCGCUGAUGCGUGGCGUUCGCCGAAGAGAGAUUAAUGGUGUGUCGCUGACGCUGGCGGAAGAGCUGAACUUCACGAAGCAUCUCGACAAGCGCACGAAAGCGUACAGCGGUGGCAACAAGCGUAAGCUCAGCACGGCGUUGGCACUGAUUGGCAACCCGUCCGUGGUGUACUUGGACGAACCGACCACCGGUAUGGAUCCGGGGGCAAAGCGACAGUUCUGGAACGUGAUUUGCAAGAUUCGUAAUUCGGGCAAAUCGAUCGUGCUGACGUCGCACAGUAUGGAGGAGUGUGAGGCCCUAUGCACCCGGCUAGCCAUCAUGGUGAAUGGGGAGUUCAAGUGUCUCGGCUCGACGCAACAUCUGAAGAACAAAUUCUCCGAAGGUUUUCUGCUGACGAUCAAGACCAAGCGCAAUCAGCCGGAUGCCGCCGAGCGGGUUAAAUCGUUCGUCACUAGUCGGUUUACGGGGUCUGUGUUAAGGGAAGAGUACCAGGACUCGCUCACGUUCCACAUCGCACGCAGCAACCAACGGUGGUCGACCAUGUUCGGUCUGAUGGAAACAUCAAAAGGUCAGCUCGGCAUCGAGGAUUAUGCCCUCGGGCAAACAACGCUCGAGCAAGUGUUCCUGUUUUUCACCAAAUAUCAAAGAAUCGCAGACUAAAGGCAAUACCCUCGUGUGGGGGUGUGUGUCAGAAUCAGUCAACGUGCAAUGGAAGUGCAACCAAAUUGUGAUCAAACAAUAUAUUAAUUGUUACCAGUGACAGGUGUCGGUUUUAAGAAUUGUUUCCAAAACAAAGUAUUGAUUUAUGUGAUCUGGGGAUGGCUGAGUAGAACAAUAA